GAGAGAUCGAGUUAUAAACGCGUCCCCCACACCCACCACUCUAGCAGUCCUCCUCAUCGCUUCUUCCUUCUCUUCUCCCCUUCUCCUCUCUCGGCUUCUGAAGAAGAGCCAAGGGCUACCAAGGUGACUGACGACCGGGCCUCGGCCGGCGCCAUUGACAUGGCAGACAAGAUCUCCACGGUUGUCCUCAAAGUUGACCUCGAAUGCGAGCGAUGCUACAAGAAGAUCAGGAAGGUCCUUUGCAAGAUCCAAGACAAGAUGAACAUCAAGACGAUCUCCUUCGACGAGAAGAGCAGCGCCGUGCUGUUGUCCGGGCCGUUCGACGCCGACAAGCUCUGCAGGAAGCUCUGCAGCGAGGCUGGCCGCGUGAUCAGGGAGAUGCAUGUCCAGGGCGAUAAGCCGAAGGCGGCAAAGCCGGUCGAGAAGGGCGGCGGGAAGGCGGACAAGAAGGAUGCCGGCGGUGCCAAGGCGGAGAAGGCUGACAAGGAUGGCGGCGGCGGCAAAGGGGAGAAGGGGGACAAGAAGGAAGGCGGCGGCGGGAAGCCGGAGAAGGGGGAGAAGAGGGUCAAGUUCGAGCUCGACGACGGGCCGGCCGCGGAUCAGCCCAAGCCCAUGAAGCCGAUGCCGCCAGGGAUGAGCAAGGCGGACCUGGGACCGCUCCUGGAGAAGAUGAUGCGGGCCAAGCAGGGCGGGCCCGAGCCGCCGCGCGGCGAGCCCGUGGGCCCGCCGCCGGCGAUGAUGCCUCCGCCCGGGCCGGCACCGGCCCAGGGCGUGGCCGUGCCGUCCAUCUGGCCGGCCCCGGCCGGGCCCGUCUCCGGCUACAGCUACAACCCGGCGCAGGCGUACGGCGCCCAGCCGCCGGCGUACUCCGGCGGAUGCGGCGGGGGGUGCCAGUGCGGCUCGUGCUGUAAGGCGGCGGCGGGGGGAGGGUACUACGGCGGCGGCGCGCCGGCGUACGACCACCAGGGGUGGUACUACGGCGGCAACCGGCAGCAGCCGUGCUACUACCAGCCGCAGCAGCCGUACCACUGCAGCGAAGACCCCAACGCCGGGUGCAGCGUCAUGUGAUGUGGACGGCGAUCGGAUAGGCUGGACGGACAGAGCAAUCAGUGCGUGUGGUCACUCUCUCAGUACUCUUCCUCGCCACCAGUGUACUACUCCUAGAAGAAGAAAAAAACAAUCCAGAAGCUUCUUCUUCUUGUGUCGACGUCCCUGUUCUUUUUAAUCUAUGCCCAUGACUUUUUCUUUACUCUGUUUAGGAGUUCCGAGUCGUGCAUGUGAACAGAGCUGUUGAGUUGUUGUGUUCUUUGGUGCGUAGCCUGUUUCUUUUUUGCGUGGUUGUCUUGAAUGAAUAUACACUCCGGUAAUUAAGAAAGUAUAUUUAGAUGGAA